GGCCUCUACCCAGCAGGCCAGGGGGCGCGCACGUCCCCCUAGGUGGAGGAAGCCCCAGGUGGCACCUCUCUGGCCUCUGGCCAGGUCAGAGCCAGCCUACCUGAAGGCUCCUCCUGGUCUCACCCACUUACUGUAUCUCACGGGUGUUGAGGAGGACCCCGCGAGGGCCAGUGAGAGUGUCCCAGGACAGUCGGGGCUGCGGCUGAAGUUGGGGGUCUCUAAACAUCUACCAGUGUCCCCAGCGGUGUGCAUGCAUGUCCUCGAGGACUCCCAGCCUGGUGUCAGUUCCAACCCAUGGGGGCAGGCAGGAGCCCUGCCCAGGGUGCCCACACAGCAGACAGCACACUGGCUGGCUGAGCCCACCUGGCCUCCAGCAAGAAAGGGCCAGGCGUGCUGGGACCAGAGCAGAGCCGUGCCCGAGAGGAGGUGCCCAAGGCGCAGCCCCGAGGGCAGGGGCCUGCCUCGUGCCUGUGGGACCAGCAGGGCCUCACCGGAAGUGCCGCCGCUGUGCCGCGCAGGUGGUCAGGCCCAGGGAGGCCAGCCCGGACCCUGCGAGUCCUGCCUGCUGCUGGUGCCGUGCGUGGGUCUGCGGAACGCAGCGUCCCAGGGACCUGUUCCCACCAUGGUGCCGUCCUGCCCCGUUCCUGUGUGACCCGCUGCACCAAGAGCUGCCGGACAGCAGCAGGGCCACACGGGCCAGGCUGCUCUGUGAUGAGCUUGGUGCCCCUCGGGUUGUGACUGGGGCCUCCCCCGAGAGGCUCCAAACAAGGACUGUGGCUUGGUGGUGGCUGUUGCCUGAAGUCACACAGCAGUCCUGAGCGACCUAGCUGAAACUAGGGCCUGCAGCAGCACUGAGGUGCUUAGAGCCAUCGGAGACGGAAGCCUGGAGCAGGGUGGCUGCAGGCUUCAGCUCCCGUCCCGGUCAGCCAAAGCAGAAAUGUCGGGAAGGAGGGCGCCAGUGAAGAGAGAAGGGGCCCGUGGGGGAUGCAAGGCUCCUCUGGCUGCCUCGCCGCCUCCUGCCCCUUGGGUGCUCGCCCCAGGGCCUUUGCACUGGCUGGCCCGCCACCUGGCUGCAGCACUGUGGUCCUGGAGUCCCUGUGGCCCUUGGUCUUGUGCUCUUGGUGGCUCGUUCACUGCAUCACAGGAGCUUCGCCAGCCUGGGAGCCCGCGAGGACCAGGUCGGCCUCGGCUGUUUCCUGCAGCAGCGUCAGCUGAGGAAAGGAGAACAACUUCCCGCCCCUGCCCAGGUUCCUCCCGCUCAAGCCCUGCUUCUACCAGGAUUUCUCUGACGAGAUCCCCAUCGAGCACCAGGUGCUGGUGAAGAGGAUCUACCGGCUGUGGAUGUUCUACUGUGCCACGCUCUUGGUGAACCUGGUGGCCUGCCUGGCGUGGUGGGCUGGCGGAGGCGCGGGAGCAAACUUUGGCCUGGCGCUGGUCUGGCUGCUGCUCUUCAGCCCCUGCAGCUACGUCUGCUGGUUCCGACCCGCCUACAAGGCCUUCCGAGCCGACAGCUCCUUUAACUUCAUGGCCUUCUUCUUCAUCUUCGGAGCCCAGUUUGUCUUGACUGUCAUCCAGGCCAUUGGCUUUUCAGGAUGGGGCGCCUGGAUAGCAGAGCCUUGCCUGGUGUGUACGCUGAAGCUCACUCUCCCCCUGCAGUGGCUGGCUGGCAGCGAUCAACUUCUUCCAGACCAGCAUUGGGGCUGCUGUGGUCAUGCUGCUUUCAGCCAUCAUGUUCUCCUUGUCAGCCGCCAUGAUGGCCGUUGCCAUCAUGAAGGUGCACAGAGUCUACCGUGGCACUGGUGGAAACUUCCAGAAGGCACAGACAGAGUGGAGCACGGGUGCCUGGCGAAACCCCCCGUCACGGGAGGCCCAGUACAACAACUUCUCGGGGAACAGCCUGCCCGAGUACCCCACCGUGCCCAACUACCCGGCCAGUGGCAGCCAGUGGCCUUAGGGGGAGCUGGCUGGCCGUGCCGCCCGCCCGCCUUCCCUGCCCCUCCGCUCCCGUUGCUGCUCGGGUCCGUGAGCCUGAGCGUCUGUGCCCGCGGGCCUCCCCGGCCAGGCCUGGGGGCCCAGCGUUCCUCCUGCCCCAGCAGUGGCGCUCCUGGCAGGCCCCGCCUGGCAGCUCUCUGGCCUCUGCUGUCCAGCAGGACGCCUCACGCUCCUGAGAACAGGUGCCGCUCAGCACCCACCCCGUCAGACGCAGCCUCUGUCUUCAGGCUGCAGAGGGCCCAGCUGCAGGGCAGGGGGACGGUGGCAGCAGACUGGUGCCAGCUGUCCAUCCAGAGCUGGUGACGCAGCGUCCCUGCUCUAGGCUGCUCAUGGUGCCCUCAGAGCCAACCAGGAAGAGCCUUUGCAGGGUCCAGGUCCCCUGUGGUGGCCAGGGCUGUGAUGCAGAGCUUGGCACUGGGUAUCCUUGUCACCCUCCUGUAGCAGUGGCUCAUGAGGACCAGCCCAGGGAACGGCCAGAGGCAGAGCCCGCUUCACAGUGACCUGCGCCGCCCGUCCGCCGUCCUGCCUUCCUCCCCAGGCGUCCUGCCCAGAGCCUCUGAAACUCUGCGUGGCUGUGGUGUGGCUGUGGCAGGCCCCUCCGCUCCUGGGGCGCGCCCUGCCUGCACCCUGCGCCCCAGGCCCAGGCCCUCGGGCAGAGGCGGCGAGGACCUGGAAGGAGCAGAGCCUCGCAGCGCCCGUGAACUGGAGGCAGAUGGCAGGGCAGAGGCCAGGUCGGACAGGCCAGGGGCCUCCUGCUCAGAAGCCAGCAGAACCUGCUGGAGCUGUGGGGGAGCAGAGGCAGAGCCCCAGGGUGGCCUUGCCCGGGGCCAGAGCUGUGCCUCAGAGGUGUCCAGCAAACUGCCACCCCGCUCGCCCAGGAUGGCCGUGACCCUGGAGAGCCAGAGCACGGGCUGGCCGGCACCACGCUGAAUAAGUGCGUGGACGAAUUGAAGGCUUCGUGGCCACCCACAACUAGGAAAAUGCUAGAACCAAAAAGCCAGUCUCCUGGGCCCGUUACAGCCCCUUUGAUGACAUUUGUGCAUAAAGCCUUCCCUUGGUGACCUUCCUGUGCUGCUGGCCAAACCUCAGUGUCCAGCCGCCACGCCUUCACAGGGUAGGGCCCUUUGGCCUACGCCUGUAUGGGGUCACCAACCCCUUGCCAGGAGCCACCCAGGCGCCAGGGACCCACGUCCUGCACCCCAGAGCAGAGGCGAAGGCAGCCAGGUGCAGGUGCAAGCCUGGGUCCCCCAGAAGCCUGCCCUGCCCGGUGACGGUCCUGCUGGGUGGCAGAGCCAUGUGGCCACCAUGUGGGAAGGGCCUUGAACUGCCAGCAGCACCUGCCACCCCUGCACCUUUGAGGCGUGGUGGGUUUUACUAUGUGAAACUAUUCUGGAAAUAAACCCUCUUUCCGCCUCA